UUUUCUCUUUUAUUCCUUCUUUAGUUUUUCAAUUUUAUGGAUGGUUUCUAUGGACUCAGUUAAAAAAUCACAUUCAAUGCAGCAUUUUCAAUUUCCAUCAUUGAUCUAAUUAGAUUGUUCUUCAGCUAGAACACCAUUUACAUUAACAUAUUCCACUUUGUUAGCUUCCUAUCCAAAGCCACAUUAUCUUAAAUGUUUCUUCAAUGGGGGUUUCUAACUAACAUGUCAAUCUCAUUUGAUGAUUACUAUGAUGAUUAUCAUUACUUGUUUGAAUCUGGGAAUGGCUAAAAUGUCCCCCAUUUGAGAAAAAAAAUACAUGCAACCAGGACAUUGAAUUCUUUGUACCUACCAACAUUAUACAGAAAAAAAAAAAAAACAAAGAUGGGUUUGAAUGCAAAGGACAUUCAAAUUCGGUUGUUCAUAAUGCUUCAGGUUUCAGUUGAGAAUAGCUACACUUAUAUGAAAAAGCAUCCAUUGUUUUGGGGUGCUUUGUCAAUCCUAUUCAUCAUGUAUAUAUUUCUAUCUUAUAUUUACAACUUGGUGGUUUUCUUGUCCCCAUAUCUUGUGUGCACUGCCAUUUUGGUUAGAAUCUUUUGGAGUUCUGAGCAAACACAACUUAAGUAUGUCCAGAAGAAGGGUGAGAAGGAAAGGGUUGAACCAAAAAAACAACCAAAGAUGUUCAGGAAUGAGAGGCGUGGAUUUCUUUACAAAUGUCCAUCACACAGUGCAACAAGCAGAAGAAGAAAUUUCACAAGGAAGAAGUUGGAUGUGUAUGGUGGUUUAGAGGAAAAAGCUAAGGAUUUAUCAGAGGUGUUUCGUAACGAAUUCACUAAUAGGAACAUAGAUAUGAGAAGAGCUAAGUUUUUUGAGACAGAACUUGACAUUUCGGAUUAUAAGUUUUCAGGAAACAAGCUUGAGGCUCCUACACAACAACCAUUGUUUUCUGAACCUUCAAUGGUGGACUUGGUGACUUGUGAUGCUAGUUGUGAGGAAAUAGAGAAAAAGAUAGGAAAAAGGGAGGAUGAGAAAAAAGCACAAGAGGAUGGUAACAAAGAAUUUUUAGGGGAUGAUCAGAAAAAUCAAAUGGACCUUGGGGAUUGUGAGAUGGAGAGAACCAAAAGGCUGGAGAGUCUCAUAGCAAGAAGAAGAGCAAGAAAACAAUUGAAGAUGCAGCUUGAGAAGGGUCUAAUAAAUGCAAAAACAAUUAAACCAAGCCUAAUUGCACCACUUUUCAUUACAAGAGUGAACCCUUUUGAUUCUCCAAGAGAGUUUGAAGGGAUUGAUAGCAUAGAAAUGCCUGGUUCUGCCCCAUCUGCUUUGAGAAGCCCAUUUGAUAUUCCUUAUGAUCCUUUUGAAGAGAAACCCAUUCUCACAGGGGGCAGUUUCAAUAUAGAAUUCACAAGCAAGGACUUGCUAUUAGAACCUAGACAAGACCCUGAUGCUAGGGAGAAAAGGCUGGUAUACCCAACAGUUAGAAUGCUUCCAGGUUAUGGAAAUCAUGACAUGCCUGAACAAUUUAUCUCCAAAGAAAGCAGUGAAAAUGAAAAACCUCCUAGACCACCAUAUGAAGAAGAGGAAACCACACAUAAAGAGGAUGGGAAAUGUAAAACUCAUAUGGCUGGCCUGAGAGGUGAAGAAAUCCACAAUGCUGAUGCAGCUAAGUCUAAGUUAGACCAUACAAAUGACUCAAACUUAAUUCUAAUAACACCAAAUGUCGAAAGUGUUGUAAUUUCAGGGAAGCAAGGAUCAAGUGCUUCUUCUAACCCUCAGGAAACUGUCCUUGAUUUUCCAAUAUCUAGUAAUAGUGCUACUAACAUAAAUGAUUCUUUGUAUGAAUCUCUUUCAACUCCUGUUGGUAAGAACAAGGAAGAAUUGUCUUUUAAUGGUAGGAGCAUUUGUCACACACCAUCAUGUUCAUUAGCUUCUGACUUGCAAGUGGAGGUUUCUGAAGUUGGAUCAUCAAGACUCACAUCUGAUAUUGAGAGUCAUGAGUUAAUCACAAGCACAGACGGAGAAUCAUCUAUAGUGUAUGAUGAUGGGGAUGCUGAUAAAGAUGUUACUUCUGGCAGUGAAGAUAUGUGGGGAGCAUCACUCCAUUCAAGAGAAGUACAUGGAGCUAGUGAGCAUGAUGUUUUAGAAGGAAACAAUUGGAGGGAUUUUGGUUCACCAAUGUCUAUCCAAAAUGCAGCUGAUGUGAGCUCUAUGUCCUCAAGGUCUGACAUGCCUGAAGAUACUCCAACCCAUGCAGUAAGCAGUGAUCAUAACAUCUUUGGUAAUAUGAAAGAUUAUGUGAGUGAAAAUGGAUCAGACAAACCUUCCCCUUCUUCACAUGUGUUAUCACGUUGGAAGAGGUUGAUGCAAUUGAUGGAUACUCAAGCUAAUCAUUCACCUAAUGCAAUAAAUUCAGAAAAACUAGAGGAAUGGAGUAACCAGUCAGAGAAUUUACUUCGUAAGGCACCAGUUAUUAAUGAUGUGAAUAACCUAGAAUCCACUGAGCAAGAUAACACACAAGACACAAGAAGUAAUGAAGAUAACACAUCAGUUGCGCGACAAGAAGCAACUGGUGAAGUCUCCAUCAGCUCAAGUUCAUCAUCAUCACCAAGGUCUGUAUUGCCCAUACCACAGAAGAACAUGGCAGACCAAGUUUCCUCAUCUGCUAACAAUCAAGAGAUACACCAAGGAGUUCAACAACCUAACAUGGAAGAUAUGGUACAAGAAACAUUAAAUGGUGAAGCUCCACCUUAUGACUCCAUGCCUCAAAAUAUUCAGCCUCCAACGGGUGAUCCAACUUAUAAAUCACAAAACAAUAACUCAAGUCAUUCUCAGGAGCCAAAUAUUUCUAGCAAGAUGAAUGGUGAAGAAGUUUGCAGUAAGGAAGAUGAAAAUAAGUUGAAAAAUGAUGAGAACAAUGAAGACAAAUUUACCCCUCUAAAGGUACAGGAUGCUUCAGCUGAACCCCCUGGACUAGAAGGGUUGAUUACUUCACAGGAUAUGAAGGAGAAAUCUAGAGAAUUAUUUGAUGACAAGGUGCCAUUGAUUUCUUUAAUGCUAGAAUCAUCCUCAGAAAUUCACAGAGAGAAUGAAGAAAAAUCCCAAGCGUCAGUGAGAGAGGAGGCUAGCACAGAAAAAUUUAUCAACGCUGAUGAAACAGGCACGAGUUCUGCCAAUGAUUUUGAAGGAAAACACAAUGACUUGAAUGAGAAUGAAACCCUACUAUCAUCAUGCAUACCAGAAGAGGAAAGGGACAAGUUGAGUGAAAAGAACAAGGAGAAUCAUUGCUCAGAAGAAGUGAACUAUUUGCAAAGUGAGUCAAAGCAAGAGGUUAAAGAUCAUUUAGAGAAGGAAAAUUUGGACAAAGAUGACAUCUCUGAAGAUUCUCCACUACCAAUGGUCACUGAAGUAACCAAUAAUGCUGAAGAUACCAUAGGAGAAUCUGAAAAGAUGAACAAGGAUGACGCUACUGACCAAGAAUUUAACAAGAAUCAUGAAACCAUGGUUUUAUCUGAACCAGAAAGAGAAGUUGAUCAUGUUAGCAACAUAUCACAUGAAUGAUCAAGAGGAUUUUAAUGCAUCAAAUGCAGAUAAACCAAAUGAUAGCUCAAAAUGAGUAAAAUUCUUCUAAAAGUGUCAACAAAUUAGGUUGAGAAGGGAAAUAGUGGUGAUGACAAUGAGGACUUGUUGCAGCCAAGGGUCACUGAAUCAAUGAUUCCCCAAAAAGAAGCAAAAGAGGGACAUGCAGAGGACUCAUAAAGUGGUGCACCUUGGCAAGUGUUAGAACCUGCUAUUUUUUGGUGCUGCACACUUCAAAAUUAGUUUGAAGAAAAGUGAAGUUGUGUAUUAGUUAAUUUCCACAAUCAAAUGGCAGAUUGAGUAGGAGUCUGAACUUGCCAAAAUUAGAGGACUAACAUAGAAACUGCAAAUACACUAACAAACUUUAAGUGCAUGUUUCACUAGAUGUUCAUAACAUCUAUUAUAAUAUAUAAAAGCUGAGACAUGUACGAUGUUCUAUCUGUUAGAAUCUAUUGCAGUUAUGUAAAUUAUUAUAAAAGCUAAGUCAGCAUUUUAGUUAGUUGAGUUUCUGUUCAUGUGUUCUGUUAUGCUAACUCAGCAUUUUAGUUAGUUGAGUUUUUGUUCAUGUGUUCUGUUAUGCUAACUCAGCAUUCUGUUAUGCUGAGUUAGGAUUCUGUUGUAAUUGUUCAAUAGCUUCUAGGUAAAGAUUGUACAAGCUAUAAAUAUAGUUUUACUUUGUACUAGCUGAUUAAGAUGAAUAUGAUAAAUUCUGUCUUUAUUUAGUUUCUAAUAUGGUACCCAGAGCUCAAGCCUGAAACAUUGCUUCCGAUCUGUCACACAUUUUACCUCCACCUCUGGUGACCGGAGCUCAAGCCAAAACCAAUGAACACUCUUCUUGUAGGGGGCUCACCCGGGGGAUGGCUGUCUCAGCGGAAAAUUGGUCAUGCAAGCUAAAGUGAAGUCACUUGGAUUGAUCUCAAAAAAACAAAUUGAGGGAUCAAUAGUAUCCUGGCGUCCUAAUGUUGUAUUAUGUCAUAUCAUAUCAUGUAUGGUUGUACUUCACAAUUGUAU